AUGCCGAAAGAAAUGUCUCACAGUUUUAUCAAAAUACCCGGAUACACAACCAUAGAAAACAUACAACUAAAUUUUGAACUUAAGGAACACCAAAAAUCAGCCAUUGCGUAUUUGUUAGAGGGUAACGAUGUUUUUGUGGUGCUUCCAACUGGAUAUGGGAAGACUCUGAUCUACUCUAUUCUUCCUGAACUAUUCAAGAAAGUAAAGAAAAUAGACAAUUCAGUUGUUUUUUUGGUCUCUCCUCUGGUUGCACUAAUGAGAGACCAAAAAGAACAAUUUUUCAAACAGGGAAUAGAGAGUGUGUACCUUGGAGAAAAAUUAGAAAAAGGUAUAAUUCAUUUUUUUUCGAUACAACUUCCAGGGGCGUUUCUAAUCCGAGAUAACUCGGACAUCCAACGGCUGUUUUGCCACACAAGCUGGGGCUGUGGGACCAUAGCCCCAGCUUGUCUGGCAAAAAAGCCAAUGGAUAUCAGAGUAAAAGGUUUAAGGGGUAAAGAAUUCAGGAAAGACUAUUCCAGACUUGGAGAACUUCGAAGCAUUUUACCAAAUGCAGUUAUGCUUGCCCUGACAGCAACUGCCACACAGCAAUCCAGAAAAGAAAUUGCACGCUAUUUACAAAUGCAAGACUACAAAUUAGUGCUCUCUUCAUGUGACAGAAGCAAUAUUUUCUACUUUUGCCAAGAGGCUCCAUAUUCAUUGACCCAAACUUUUACUUGGCUAAUCUCAGUAAUUCAACUGAAAGGAGUUAAUACACCAAAGACAAUUAUAUACUGCCGAAAUAUUAAAGCUUGUUCCCAAAUUUACGCACUAUUUUUAGAUAAGCUUGGUACUGACCAUUCAUAUUGUGGACAACCAUCCUCUAAAAAUUGUUUAUUCGGUAUGUUUCACCAUGCCACAAUGGACAAAAACAAGAGAAAUAUCUUGGAUAAUUUUUUUAAAUUAGAUUGUAAAACAAGGGUAAUUAUAGCCACAACAGCAUUUGGAAUGGGCAUCAAUGUUUCAGAUAUCCGAUAUGUGAUUCAUUGGGGAGCACCUAGAAGUCUAAAUGGUUUUAUGCAGGAGAGUGGUAGGGCAGGUAGAGAUGGUAAUGCUGCAUUCUCCAUUGUGUAUUAUCAUAACAUGAAUAUAUCGAUAUCAGCUACUAAUGUACCUAUGCAUGACUAUUGUAAACUUAAAUUGUGUAGAAGGCACUUCCUUAUUAUGUAUUUUACUCCUGAGGAGUCCAAAACUGAUAAAACUAUUCAUCAAUGUUGUGAUAUUUGUUCUAAAUUAUGUUCGUGCUCUGAUUGUAAUAUAAACUCAUUUGGGUUUAUUUUAGAUAAAGAGGACCAUGCAAUGGCCUCCAUGUGCGAUGAAUCUGAUAAACAAUACAGAAAUGUUACAACAGAGCAGCGUGACAAAAUAAAAAGUGCUCUUAAUGAAUUACUUUAUGAUAUGAUUUCAAAUUAUGAUUGUACAUUAAUUAACAGUGAUGUCAUUACUGGUCUUAGUGAGAAAACUAUUCUAGAAAUUGUAAAUAAUGUGCACUAUAUAUAUGAUUUUAGUGAUAUAUAUCAGGUUUUCAUAUAUGAUCAAACAUUGACAGAUACUGUUCUAACUAUUAUUAAUAAUGUUCUUUAA